UUUUGUCUAGUGAUGUACUAGAUCACGACAGGUGGACGCAUACGGACACCAUGAACGCAGUUCCCUUAGCACCGUUUGCCCUGACGGUUAACACGCUAUCAUGCUUAAUGUCAAUGACCAGUCCCAAGUUCGACAAUAAUGGACGGAGAAAUUAUGAAGGCUACCAGGUUCUCUCCAUCUCUAAUGCAUCUUCGCAAAAUGGCUUGUUUGACAUUCAAGGAAACGUCCUCCAGCAACUCUACAGUUCCGACAAGCUCUUUAACUUUAUGGGUGAAGGUCCAAACAAAAAUGGUCCCACGGAUGUCAUGAUCUGUCCCGAGCAGGCCAAUAAUGUCAAGAGUUUACUUUCCGCUUACGAUAUUCCUUUCACCGUGAAAUCUGCAAAUCUGCAGCAAAACAUUGCCUCAAAUGUAAACGAAAAUAAUAAAAUACUAGCGGAAUCUCAGGGGACAAUGAAUUGGAAUGCGUAUCAGAGAUUUUCAACCAUUCAAAGCUGGAUGGAUUCCAUGGCUAGCCAAUAUCCACAAUUUGUAUCUGUCGAAACUUAUGGUUCAAGUACCGAAAAACGGCCCAUGAGAGUCAUGAAGAUAUCUGCCAGUGGUAACGACGGCAGCAAGCCAAUCGUGUGGCUGGAUGGAGGAAUUCAUGCACGUGAAUGGAUAUCCGCCGCAACAGUGACUUAUCUUGCGAAUGAGAUAAUUAAUCAUGCCAAAAGCGGGGAUGACACCGACCUGAUCAACUCUGUCGACUGGUACGUAGUUCCAAACAUGAACCCUGAUGGGUAUGAAUAUACCUUCACUGCGGACCGAUUAUGGCGGAAAACUAGGUCCAAGACUAGUAAUCGUCGUUGUUUUGGAGUUGACCCCAACCGCAAUUGGGACUGGAAAUGGGGUGGCAAAGGAACAUCAAAUAACCCUUGCGAAGAGAUUUAUCGUGGUCCUCGUGCAGCAUCCGAACCGGAAGUUUCGUCCUCCCAGAAAUACAUCUUCAGCAUUAAGGACAGAAUCCAGCUGUUUAUAUCGUUCCAUAGCUACAGCCAACUGCUUUUCUAUCCGUGGGCGUACGACGACGUCCCAGCUGAUGAUAAGGAUGAUUUGGAGAAAGUCGCAAACCUAGGGGCUGAGGCAUUGGAGGCCGUGUAUGGCACGAAAUAUAGGGUGGGCACUCCACCACAAAUCCUUUAUGCGGCUGCUGGAGGAUCCUACGACUGGGCGAAAGGCGUUGCAAACAUAAAAUUUUCGUUCACCUUUGAACUACGUGACACUGGAGAUUAUGGUUUUCUUUUACCCCCGAAACAAAUCAUACCCUCUGGAAAGGAAACUCUCGCCGGUGUCACAGCCAUGGUACAAUCCGUGAUGGACUAUUACAGAGAUAAUUGAAGCGGUACAAUUUUGGCUUGUAAAAUUAUUCAAAACUUGAUGCACUAAAUAAAUCAGCAUUUAAAAAGCACUA